CCGAGGGUGUGGCCACGCGCGGUGCCAGCUCUUGCUUUUUGGCGUUCCAAGUGGGUGCCUGCCCUGCUGAGGCGGGGCCCGGGUUUGGGAUGUGGCCUGGCAAGACGGUGGAGAAUCUGAUUGCAGCCUGCGCUCUGACGACACUUCUGCGCGCCGGAAGAGAGAGCUUCCCUUUACUACGCGUCUGGUAACGCUGCGCCAAGGGUCUGAUUCCGCUAUGCGGAUCACCGGGAAGACGUUCCGCCGGCGCCGGGCUGAUUCGGAGUCGGAAGAGGAUGAACAAGAAUCAGAGGAGGUUCGGCUAAAACUAGAAGAAACCCGAGAGGUGCAGAACUUGCGGAAGAGGCCAAAUGGGGUGAGUGCGGCUGCCCUGCUGGUGGGAGAGAAGGUUCAAGAGGAGACUACUCUGGUGGAUGAUCCUUUCCAAAUGGCAACAGGUGGCAUGGUGGACAUGAAGAAACUGAAGGAGCGGGGCAAGGACAAGGUCAGUGAAGAGGAGGAUCUGCACCUGGGGACAUCAUUUUCUGCAGAGACCAACCGGAGGGAUGAGGAUGCAGACAUGAUGAAGUACAUUGAGACGGAGCUGAAGAAGAGGAAGGGGAUUGUGGAGCAAGAGGAGCAGAAAGCCAAGCCCAAGAAUGCUGAGGACUGCCUCUAUGAGCUGCCAGAGAAUAUCCGAGUCUCUUCUGCCAAGAAGACUGAGGAGAUGCUGUCAAACCAGAUGCUGAGUGGCAUCCCUGAGGUGGACCUGGGCAUAGACGCUAAAAUAAAAAACAUCAUUUCCACGGAGGAUGCCAAGGCCCGGCUGCUGGCAGAGCAGCAGAAUAAGAAGAAGGAUAGCGAGACAUCUUUUGUGCCCACCAACAUGGCUGUGAACUAUGUGCAGCACAACCGCUUUUAUCACGAGGAGCUCAAUGCACCCAUCCGAAGAAACAAAGAAGAGCCCAAAGCCCGGCCCUUGCGAGUGGGUGACACAGAAAAGCCAGAGCCUGAACGGUCCCCUCCCAACCGCAAGCGUCCUGCUAAUGAGAAGGCCACAGAUGACUACCACUAUGAGAAGUUCAAGAAGAUGAACAGGCGCUACUGAGGCAGCAGUAGGGGCUGGAUAAUGAUGUGGGUGUGUGCGCGUGUGCGCGCGCGCGCACACACACACACACACACACACACACGUCCUCUUGCAUAGAACCUGCUUACUAGCUCUUGGAGUUCCCCAUCAGAUAGUGUUUCUGUUCAGCGGCUGGGUUUCUGUUCUGGUUUUGGUUGGAGACUGUAGCUCUCUGUACCCUAGGCCAUGAACUCCCUCCUCCUCCCUACCAUGGUAUUCAAGAGGGCCCCCACUCCUGGCCAGCAUUUUCAAGCACUAACUUUGUAACUUUUGAAAGAAAACAAUGUGUCUAUGUUUAUAUUGUUUCCUACCUGGGGCAGACUAUCCUCAAGAGUGUUAUUAAAUCGUUUGUAAAUAUGUUGAGUUUCUUCUAAAGUUUGUCCAGGCUCAGGAAGGACCAGCUGUGUUCAUUGUGGGUCAAUACUGUCAACGUAAGGGUGGGGAGAGUGUUAAGAUUCAUUAUUUUAUGUAUAUGGUAUUUCUCCUUCUUGCAUGUCUAAACCAUGUGUGCAUACAGUGCCCAUAGAGUCCAGAAGAGGGUGUUAGCUAUCCUGGAACUGAAAUUAUAGAUGAUUCUGA